AUGGGUUAUGUACUUGCAAUACUGGUAUUUGCAUUGAAGUUUGAAUUUGCAUGUGAAGUGGAUUCGUAUCGUUUGGAUACUUCUCCUGGUUUGACAAAAUAUUAUGUCCCUUUGUGUGAAGAUUCAGUUAAACCGUCUGUUGGGAAGGUUUUUCCUGAUUUGGAUACUGGGGUUGCAUUUUAUACUAAAUAUGCAUCGAUUGUUAGGUUUGAUGUUCGACUAAGUCACUUGUCAAAAUGUGCUGAUGGGACCAUUGUUUGGAGGUAUGUUCUUUGUAAUCGAGAGGGCCAUAAGCAUGCUGUUUGUAGGGAUAAAUCGUCAGUAGCAGAAUUGGAUGGUGAUGUGGAGUCUUCGGUUAAAAAGAGGAGGAGAUUUUCAAAUAGGGUUGGGUGUGGGGCUUGUGCUAUUUUUAGAUAUGGAGGUGAUGGCACUUAUGUUAUUCACAGGUUUGAAGAGCGUCAUAACCAUUCAUUGACAUCAGUAAUGUCAAGACAGUUUCGGAAGAUGAAUAGAAAGGUUGGACCUGGUCAUAUGAGGUUCGUUGCUGAUUGUGGAAUAGUGAACAUUGGGCCAGUGCAGAGUUUUCGGUUGUUUGGUGAGAUGUUUGGUGGGUUGGCAAAUGUUGGUGCAACAAGUUUGGAAUUUCAGAAUAUUAAAAGGGAUGUGGACGCAUUUUCUGCUGGGGUUGAUGCUCAGAUGAUUACAAACAGGUAUGAUAUGGUGUUUACACCAUUUACUGGUGUUAAUAACCAUAAAAAGUCUAUUACUUUUGGGGCUGGGUUGUUGAAAAAAGAGGAUAUUGAGUCAUAUGUGUGGUUGUUUGAGAAAUUUAAGGAAGCGAUGGGUAGUGAGCCAGUAUUGGUUGUUACUGAUCAAGAUCCAGCAAUGAGGGUUGCAUUUCCACGUGUGUUCAAGGAAGCUAAGCAUAGGUUUUUCAUGUGGCACAUUAUGUCUAAGGUAGGAGAUAAGGUUGGCCCUUCAUUGAGUAAAAAUGAGACUUUUAGAUCAAAGUUGAAUUCUGUUGUAUGGAGUCAUUAUUUGGAACCAGCUGAAUUUGAUUAA